UUUAUGAAGCAAGGGAUAAAGUGGCUGCAACUUCUUGUGCUUUUUGAAUGGUGUAGAACGAAACAGCGAGAUGAGAGUUUGAAGAGGAAAGAAUAGUGGUACAAGGAGCUGCAAGAUACAAUCUCAAUUCUCAAUCCAAACAGACAUGGCCACUCCAGUCAAAGUAUAUGGACCGCCCAUCUCCACUGCUGUGUCAAGGGUUUUAGCCUGUAUUCUUGAGAAAGAUGUGCAGUUUCAACUCAUUCCCGUUAACAUGUCCAAAGGCGAACACAAGAAGCCCGAUUUCCUCAAGAUCCAGCCCUUUGGCCAAGUACCAGCUUUUCAAGACGAUAACAUCUCCCUCUUCGAGUCCAGAGCCAUAUGCCGGUAUAUUUGUGAGAAAUACGCAGACAAGGGAAACAAGGGAUUGUACGGAACAAACCCCUUGGCAAGAGCCUCCAUAGAUCAAUGGCUAGAAGCUGAAGGGCAAAGCUUCAACCCACCAAGCUCAGCUUUGGUCUUUCAGCUGGCGUUCGCACCAAGAAUGAAGCUUAAGCAAGACCAAGUAGUGAUCAAGCAGAAUGAAGAAAAGCUGAGGAAGGUGCUCGACAUUUACGAGAAGAGACUCGGCGAUAGCCAGUUCUUGGCGGGAGAUGAAUUCUCUUUGGCGGAUCUUUCCCAUUUGCCCAAUUCUCACUACUUGAUGAGUGCGGCUGAUACGAGAGAUCUGUUCACCUCCAGGAAGAAUGUGGAAAGGUGGUGGGAUGAGAUUUCCAGCAGAGAUUCGUGGAAGAAAGUGGUUGAGUUGCACAAGAGUCCGUAAAACACCCGUUGAAGACUGUUUUGGCCUGCUCUUUGAAUAAAUAAUUAUUAAUAAAAAAAAAUCUUGGAGAUUUCUGAAUUCUCUCUAAAGAACUUCCUUUGUAUUGCUGCUUUGUGGAAUUCGAUUUUUUUUUUUUUCUUUUUUUCCCCCAAAUGUUGUGUUUACUGUUAUGGAUGUAUUAAUAAAAUACUUAUUUUAUUUUA